AAGUAAUGUAAAAAUCUGAAUUACGAGAAGAUGUGAUUCAAGAAAGAGAGCGUAAAGGAAAUGUGAAUUGAAAAGUUUAGUUUGAGAUCUGUUUUUGGUUGUGAAUGCAGCAAUGGGAAAAGCGUCGAUAUUGAUUUACGUAACCAUAGCGGUGGUGCUUCUUCUGUUCCUCUCAUAUUCCCCCAAGAACCACCCCAACCACCGCCACCGCCGCCUGAAGCUCCGCUCGAACUUCACACUCUCACCCACGCGCCACCACGCCGUGGCCUUCGACCCCCUGGUGGCGGAGCUGGAGCGUCACCGCGAGGACAAGCAAUGGGAGCAGCAGUACAUACAUCACGCGCACCCGGAACUGGAGUCUGCACCCGCUCACGAGUCGCAACCGGAGUGGGAGGACUUCAUGGACGCCGAGGAUUACCUCAACGAUGAGGAUAAGUUCAACGUCACCAAUAGGUUGGUCCUUCUCUUCCCCAAGAUUGACGUGGACCCCACCGAUUCCUUCGUCACUCAGCACGAGUUGACUCUGUGGAACCUCCUCCAGGCUCAGCGUGAGGUCUUGCAUCGCACGCAGAGGGAGAUGGAGCUCCACGAUAAGAACCACGAUGGCUUCGUUUCCUUCGCCGAGUACGAUCCUCCCAGUUGGGUUCAGAAUGCAGAUAAUGAGUCUUUUGGUUAUGAUAUGGGUUGGUGGAAAGAAGAGCAUUUUAAUGCAUCGGAUGCAGACGGAGAUGGGCUUUUGAACUUGACUGAAUUCAAUGACUUUCUCCACCCAGCUGACAGUGAAAACCCAAAGCUUCAUCAAUGGUUGUCCAAGGAGGAAGUCAGGGAAAGAGAUUCAGACAGAGAUGGGAAGGUCAACUUUAAAGAAUUUUUCCAUGGGCUGUUUGAUUUGGUAAGAAACUAUGAUGAAGAAGCUCACAAUGAGUCACAUCAUUCUGAUGAUUCAAUGGAUGCUCCAGCUAGAGUGUUGUUUUCUCAGCUUGACAAAGAUGGGGAUGGAUACUUGUCAGAUGUCGAACUACUGCCUAUAAUUGGGAAACUCCAUCCAUCUGAGCAUUAUUAUGCAAAGCAACAAGCAGAGUAUAUCAUUUCACAGGCAGAUGUUGACAAAGAUGGCCGCCUUACUUUGACUGAGAUGAUUGAAAACCCAUAUGUAUUUUAUAGUGCUAUUUUCAAUGAUGAUGAAGAUGAAUAUGAUGAUUACCAUGACGAGUUCCGGUAAAUUCAUUUUAGCAUAAAGAGAAAAGCUUGGCACAUUUCUAGUGACAAGGAACACGGAAUCAGUAUUUGAAGAAUUUUGAUGUUUUGGCCCUUAGUAGGUUCCUAGUCUCAAUCCUGGUGGGAUUCUUAUGCGAUGGCAACAUUUAUUGCUUCUUUCCAUUCAUAUUAUGUGCGAGUUCUUAUUUGCUGAAUGGGAUCCACCGUGGCUUGUCGUAGAGUCACACCUGGAUCAGUUGGAGGAUAAUGGGAUCUCAACUUCAUUGUAAAAUUUGUAGAAUAUACAAAUUUUCAAGUCACUGGUGAAGCCAUCAUUAAUUAAGCAGAACAUUUCAAUUCUCAAUGGAUAAUACAUGUACUAUAUACAUAUAAUGACCAUCAUGAUCCCAGAAGUACUGUCAGAAUUUUUUUUGGAC